AUGGACAGGUACAUAGAGUUUCUAAUCAUGACGCCACCCUCACUGACUCCGCGACUGAUAGACGACCUGGCCGGUCUACGAGUGGUGGACAUUUCCACAGGUGACUCACAUUGCCUGGCUUUAACGCACGACUGUGAGGUGUUCGCUUGGGGAAACAACGCCAUGGGGCAAUGUGGCCAGGGCCACUCAACUAGUCCUGUGGUGCGACCC